AUGUCGAAGCGCUUAAGGUCCAGGAAACCAAAAGAAGAAUCUCGCAAUGCCUUGGAACACUAUGAUUCCUCUAAUAGCCUGCCUAGCCGCUGGUGGCGCAGCGCAGCACCAUUUCCUGUUGUGGCCGGUACGCUAUGUGCUAUCGCAAUCAUGUUCAAUAUCUGCACCGUCUCUCAAGGAUGGCAGGAAAAGGAAAAUGUUGAUGGCAGCAUAACUAUACUCUCUCAACCAACUUGGAUGGUCGCGCUCAAAGCCGUGUCCUUAGCUCUGGCUGGGGUUACUACUCGACGGCAUCCAAUACUGCAGCCACAACAGUCAUUGAAGUAUACCCAGAGUUACUUCUAUGGCAUCCUAACUGCAAGUUUGUAUAUUUUCAUUGCAAUUUUACUGGUAGCUUAUACUGCCAUUGCGCGCUCAGUCUCUCUAAGUCGCCAUGACAGGCGGACAGUCGAGUAUACAAGCAUUAUUCUGAGAACCAUCACAUUUAUAACCGUCCUUACUGGUGGUGCCGGUGUAUACAGCACUGUCGAAGAGUGGUCUUUUAUGGAUGCCCUAUACUUCACCGACUAUACCGUUCUCACUAUUGGCAUUGGGAAUAUUGUUCCUAAGACGCAUCUCGGAAGAAGCCUACUAUUUCCAUACGCCACUGCCGGGAUCAUCGCAUUGGGUCUGGUUGUUAGCUCCAUAACUUCAUUUGGGAAGAGCAUCAGAAAUUUGAGACUGAAAUUGGAGCUCCAAGAAGCACGAAAUAGGCUUCUGGAACAAAAGAAAACACCCAGAGCCGCACAUCAUGAACACAACGACGACACAACAUUAUCCAGCAUACCAUCCACUGCGACAUUUCCUCAAACAAGUGACGUCGCGGAACUCCAACGUAUCCGAUCCGACUUCAAUCGAAGAGUCCAAUGGCAAGCCCUUCUAUUUUUCGUGACGGCAUGGUUUGUCCUAUGGCUUCUCAGCGCCGCAGUAUUUCGUCGAUCGGAACGCGGUCAGAACUGGACAUACUUCACAGCUCUUUACUUUACAUACACUUCGCUAACAACCAUUGGCUACGGAGACUUCUACCCUACCAGCAACUUUGGAAAGGUUUUCUUCGUCUUCUGGUCAUUACUCGCUAUUCCAGUUCUGACCAAUCUUGUCACUGUCAUGGGUGAAAUAGGUGUGCGGACACUUGUUUACUUUGGUGACUAUAUAUUGAGACUAGGUAAAUCAAGACGCGAGACUGGGCAUAAGAAGAAGGAUGAUUCAGAUCUGGCAUCUUCCAAAAAUUUUAGAGAUAUCGAAAAACAAGCCCAAUGGUCGUCAAACCUGAAGAAGGCAUCAGAGGACAUGAGUACGGUAGGGACAACGAGCACUUUUGCAAAUAACGAGCUUGAGCUGUCCCAGUCCAUGAUUGAAGCCGGACAACAUAGGUUUCUACUAGCCGAAGAAAUCAAAAAGCUAGUAUUGACGCUUCUGGAGGGAUCCAGUGAGCAGGACCCUCGUCGCGAUUGGCCGUGGGUCCUCUCUCUGCUCCAUUCCCGAGAUGGCGAGGCGAGUAACUCCGCCGAAUACACUUUUCCUGAUAUUAUGAACCAACGUACAUCAUACGCAUAUGAGGGCCUUAGCAGCGACGAAAGAACAGCAAUUGAAAAGAAUAAUGAAGCCUUGCUGAUGCUGAAGUGGUUGACAGAGAAGCUUUGUUCAGAGUUGGGGAAGGGAGCAGGGGCGAGUGGACCUUAG